AUCCGCGCCCAAACCCUCGCCGCCGGCUUUUCCCGGAGCCGAUGGCUUCAGAUUCCCGGGGCCCAUUGAGGCCAGAAUCAUCCUCACCUCACCGUAGAUGCGGCAAAGAGAGAACGUCUUUCGUCAUCACGCUUUUGUAGCCAGUAGAGAGUUAUGUAUUGCGUCAUGAGUGCGCGACGCUUCUAAGGCUAAAGCAGCCGAUUGCAGAGCAGCUCAACUUUCAGCGGCUCUGUGAUGUCUCAACUGUCCUGUCAUAAACCGAGCGACGGUUUGUCAAUACGUCCUUUCCCGGGAGUCACUUACUUCUUUGUCUCUGGACUCCACUGAGCAAAAAAAAAAAAAAAAGGGGGAAUGUCUCUACGCUGCGGGGGCGCUGCCCGCGCCCUGGGACCCCGGGUAUUUGGAAUAUAUUUAUGCAGCCCAGUCAGAACAUUAAGUUCUUUGCCAGAUAAAAAGAAGGAAUUUUUACAAAAUGGACCAGAUCUUCAAGAUUUUGUAUCCGGUGACCUUGCAGACAAGAGUACCUGGGAUGAAUAUAAAGGAAACUUAAAAAGACAGAAGGGAGAAAGGUUAAGACUACCUCCGUGGCUAAAGACAGAGAUUCCCAUAGGGAAAAAUUACAAUAAGCUGAAAAAUACAUUACGGAAUUUAAAUCUUCAUACAGUGUGUGAGGAAGCACGGUGUCCUAAUAUUGGAGAGUGUUGGGGAGGUGGAGAAUACGCCACAGCCACAGCCACAAUCAUGUUGAUGGGCGACACAUGUACAAGAGGUUGCAGAUUUUGUUCUGUUAAGACUGCAAGAAAGCCGCCUCCCCUGGAUGCCAAUGAGCCCUUCAAUACUGCAAAGGCAAUUGCAGAGUGGGGUCUGGAUUAUGUUGUCCUGACGUCUGUGGACCGAGAUGAUAUGCCUGAUGGGGGAGCUGAGCACUUUGCAAAGACUGUAUCAUACUUAAAAGAAAGGAAUCCAAAAAUUCUCGUGGAAUGCCUCACCCCUGAUUUCCGAGGAGAUCUUAAAGCAAUAGAGAAAGUUGCUCUGUCAGGAUUAGAUGUGUAUGCACAUAAUGUAGAAACAGUCCCAGAAUUACAGAGGAAAGUUCGUGAUCCCCGGGCCAAUUUCGACCAGUCUUUACGUGUACUGAAGCAUGCCAAGGAGGUUCGGCCUGAUGUUAUUUCUAAAACAUCUAUAAUGUUGGGUUUAGGGGAGAAUGAUGAGCAAGUAUAUGCAACAAUGAAAGCACUUCGUGAGGCAGAUGUGGACUGUUUGACUUUAGGACAAUAUAUGCAGCCAACAAAGCGCCACCUUAAGGUUGAAGAAUACAUUACUCCUGAAAAGUUCAAAUACUGGGAAAAAGUAGGAAAUGAACUUGGCUUUCAUUAUACUGCAAGUGGCCCUCUGGUGCGUUCUUCAUAUAAGGCAGGUGAAUUUUUCCUGAAAAAUCUAGUGGCCAAAAGGAAAACAAAAGCCCUCUAAAGCUUAAACAGACAAAACCUUCAAGAUCAUGGGAAUUCUAAAACUUUGAUUCCAGUUUGUAGCAGAGGAGCCAGAAUGGCAGACUUCGGUGGAUGUGCCCCAGCUCUCUUUGUUUUCAGAAAAAUGUCAAUAAGCUAAAUGUAUUUAAUUAUAGUAAUUCACUUGGCUUUUAGUACAUCUUCUUUGUCCCAGUAAAGAAUUUCCUGCUAUGGUAUAACCAUAAAACAUCUUUGUAAGUAUACGGUAUUAACAUUAUAAUUUAAAAAUACACUAAGAACCUCAAGAAGACCUUUAAAACUACUGUUACCUAUACAUCGUUGUCACAUUUCGUUUAUGAGAAAUGACAUACUUUGACAAAACAAUCAACAUAGAUUGAGACUAUGAUCAGUUUACCUGUAACUAGCAUAUGUCCUUUGCAUAAUAGUAUGUCACUGGAAUGAUUUAGAAAGGCUUAAGAAUUUGAAUGUUAAUUGCUUCUUCACAUUGGUAUGAGCACUUCAGACUCUUCAAAAUAGUUUUACACUGAUUACUUAUUUAGGAACUCUAUUAAACCAAGAUGAUGAUGAUGUCCAAGACAGGGAAAUAUAACCUAAGAAUAAUGACAUUAACUGUCAUUUGUAUAGUAGUUUGCUACAUCCACAUACACUGUUCCACUUAUUCCUCACAACACUAGGAAGGUGGUUGUAUAUAUGAUAGUAAUGACCCGAGGAAGGAAUUUCAUUCCUAACUACUAGUAGUAAAAUUCUUUAGACUUUGAAUCUUAUCCUUCUAUUAUAUCUUACAAAGGAAGUUGUAAAAUAUGUAAUGCAUAUAGCUAAUUCUACUCUGAAUUUUUGAAUAGAUGAGUAUUUGUUAUAAAAGUAAUGUAUAAUUUUGAAAAUUGGUUACAUUUUUAUUUAACUCAGAGGAGCCAUGUAUACUUAGGCUCACUUUCUUUAUUUAAAAAAAAAGGUGUCGUCAAGUCAAUUCUGACUCAUAGCAACUCUAUAGGACAGGGUAGAACUGCCCCAUAGGGUUUCCAAGGCUGUAAUCUUUACAGUAGCAAACUGCCACAUCUUUCUCCCAUGGAGCAGCUGGUGGUUUUGAACCGAUGACCUUUGGGUUAGCAGUCGAGAGCUUUAACCAGCAUGCCAUCAGGACUCCUAAUUUUGCUGUGUAAAAUUAACUCCAUCAACUUUAAAUAUCUCGGGCGAUCACCCACUUCAAAAAUUAUUAUUUCACAGGAAAAUUGAAUUUGCAGGCUCUGGCUUUGUGACAUAAUCUACAUUUUCCUAAUAUUUGGAUAUUUUGCACAGUGUAGGUCAAUGAUGAUUAGAUUUUUUUAGCAGGAGAGUCAUUUUGUCAAAUGAAAUUUUCCUGGAACCCUAAUAUAAAAUAGAUUAAAAUGGUAUUAGCACAAAUGAUUGCUUAAAAGUUUCAGAUUUAUAACAUCUUUAUGUAAAAACAAUGAAUGCUAAAAAUGAGGCUAUUCUGAUAACACACAAUGUGAAAUUGAGAGUUAUGGGUGACAUUUGCAGCCUUUUAUCAGCCUCAGCAGUCUGUUUUUUUGGUUGCACGGUAUUGAGAAAAACCCUGAUUGAUACAGCUAAAAGUAAAUUAUAGAAAAUUUUAAAACAUCUCAUCUUGCAAUCUCAGGUAUUCUCCAGGUGAAAAUCAAGAAACUUGAAAGAGGAGUAGUAGGAAAUGUUUGUGUCAAGUUGAAUCACUAUUAGUAUUUCCCUGAUUCAUUUUUCAUGCACAUUAUUAUAUAUCCGACCAUUAUACCAUGACUAGAAUAUGUGUGACUAGCAUGCCUGGGUCUUGGUGUAUGUUUGAGUGUGCUGAAAAUGUGCUGUAGAUGUAUACUCAUACAAUUGUACAUGAACGGACAACGGUAGGCUUGAGUUCUAAAAGGGCAGUGCAGAGCCUUGACCUGCCUACACAGUGAUGCAUUUAGAAGUGCAUUUAAAUGAAGAUCUGGCAGGAGGUUAGUAUAAAAUUUCUUGAUCUGGUGGCUCACGUUAGUGUACCGAUGGACUCCACUGAAUUGAAAUUUGGUAUGUGACAUUUCACUGUGCGAUCUUUUUCUUUCUGUAGCACAAAUGAUAUAUAUUUUUAAAGAAGGUGAUAUAAAUGUACAUGGGUUUCAAAAAAAACCAAAAAGCAGAGACCCCUGUCCGUUUUCCAACUACUGCAUCAAUCAGCUGUGAAGCCCACUUCCAGUUUGGUGAGAAAAUAAAUAUCCUUACAAAUGAAACAAGUUUGAACAGGAAUUUUUCUUACUUGAGGCUGACAGCAUCCUAACUAGAGGUUUUAUUAGCAUCAUCAUUAAGAGCAGUACUAUACCCAGCUUGGAAUCCCUGGUGGUGUAGUGGUUAAGAGCUAGGGCUGCUAACCAAAAGGUAGGCAUUUUGAAUCCACCAGGCACUCCUUGGAAACCGUAUGAGGCGGAUCUCUGUCUUAAUGGGUUGCUGUGAGUCAGAAUCAACUCAACGGCAACGGGUUUUUUUUUUUUUUUUUGGUUUUAUACCUGGCUACCACUAAUGACUGCCCUGACAGAACACAACAGAGAGUGCUGGACAGAGUAGGAGAAAAAUGCAGAACAGAAUUCAGAUUCAUGUAAAAAGACCAGACUUAAUGGUCUGACAGAGACUGGAGGAAGCCGUGAAGCUAUGGUCCCCGGACACUCCGUUAACCCAGAACUGAAAUCAUUCCCAAAGCCUACUCUUCAAAGAUUAGACAGGACUAUAAAACAAAAAAUAGUAAACGGGAUGAAUGGACACAGGGAACCCAGGGUGGAAAGAAGGAGGGUACCAUCACAUUGUGGGGACUGCAACCAAUGUCACAAAACAAUGUGUAUAAAUAUUUGAGAAAUUAACUUCAGCAAAAACACAAUAAAAAAAUUUUUUUAAAUGCCACUAAGGGAUUUUAAAGUUCUCAUGUCUUCUCCAAGAUAGCUUAUAAGUUAAACCAAGAAACAAAAGAAGUUCUAUUUCUCCCUCAUUCCCUACUCUCACAGAAAAAACAGUAUAUUGGCUACACAAAUUUUUAUUCAAAAAAAACAACACAUUUUGUGUACUUUGUUUAAUGUAAUGUUUCAGGCUGGAUUCUCUAGAGAAGCAAAACCAGUAAAGCCUAUAAAUAGAUUUAUAUCAUACAGUUGUAGAUACUGCAACAGUCCAAGUCCAUGGGUCGGGAUAGAGGCUUCUCCUGAUUCAUGUAGCUGCAGGGGCUGGUGAACCCAACAUCCACAGGUCAGAGAGCAAGGCUCUUGCUCACUGGAUGAGAAGAUCGAUGAAACCCAAGAUAGGCAGGCAAGACCACAGGUAAGCUGCUAGCUCAAGUCCCAAGAACCAGAGGUCAGAGUAACAGGAACCAGCUGCAGGAUCCAGGGAAAGCAAAACCCCCGAAACUUUCCAGAAUGUCCCCUUACAUUCAAUGCAGGUCACCUGCCCAAGGAAACUCCCUCUCAACUGAUUGGUUACUCACAGCAGAUCCCAUCAUGGAGAUAAUCAUAUUAUAUCAAAUCUCAUCAUGGAAGUGAUCACAACAACACGAGGCUGCCAAACCACUGAGAAUUAUGGCCCAGCCAAGUUAAUACACAACCUUAACCGUCACAUAUAAUAACUUAUAUCUCCCAAUUCUGAUCUCUUAUCUUGAUAUA